GGGCGCCCAAACAAGCACGUUGCCUACCCUCAAGGUUUAACAGUAGGAUGGGAAAUCAUGAAUGGUUCAAUGAUGCUCAUAAGACAGCGUUUCAUAUGGAAUUCGGAAUCAAGCAAUCCCAACAACUGGUGAUCAAGAGCUGCGAAUAUGCCUGUCAUGUUCCGGUGAUAGUACCCGAAUGGACUGUUGCAAGAAUAGUUUGAUGACCGCUUACCCGUGCGGUGCGGUUUGACCCCGGUCCUGCAGGCUAGAGUGCUGGCUACGCCGUCGUGAGUGGCCCUUUUCGGUCAGGUAUACCUCCCUGGCGCUAAAGUAGGAGAAGCAGGUGGCGCUUCGUUUCAGGGAGCGCAUGGCCCGGAAGGUGGACGUCACCUGCAUUGCUUUCCCCACACUUCAGGCUGUAGAAGAAGCCCCGCCUUGAUUCCUUAUAUUCUAGUAUUCUAACCGCCUUGGUUGCUUUCUCCGCAUCAAUUGGAGACCACACCCUCCUCCCUUCUCCUUCGGCUGGUUUCAUGUAAGGUGCACAGUCUCGUCAGAAACGGGCUCUUCAUGUGGUCUCUGGAUUUU